CCGGCUCCGGCACCGGCACGAUGAAGAAGCAUCACUCGGUGCAGGGCACCUUCAGUCGCCUCUUCGGCAAGCGCCAGCCCAGCCCCGCUGCCAAUUCGCUCUUCGCCACCAACCCGCCCUGGAUCUUCUCGCAGGAGGUGACCUCGGACAGCGCGGGUGGCACAGGGGAUGUGAUUGAGGUGUACUACGGUGACAAUCGCUUCGGGACGGUGACUGACUCGGGCACAGCCACGCUCAAACCUCGGCCCAGGGUCCGGCCGCUGCUGACCUUCCUCCCCCUUAAUGCCCAGGAGUCCCACGGGGUGGCUGUGCCAACACCUUCAGUGCCACAAGACUUUGAAGAGAAAGCAACUCUUGGCUCUGGCUCCCAGAUCAAUGGCAACUACCGAAUGUACAGCUCGGUGGGGGACCUGCGCCCACAGGCUCUUGAGAGGGAUGAGCUGGAUGAAGACAUCCCUCCACCACCAUCAGUCCCCCCCCCACCCCCUCCCACAGCACCAGCACCUGUGCCGCCACCUCCAGCCUCUCCGGUCCCUCCGCCGCCUGAAGCGCUGCCUCCGCCGCCGCCGCCACCGCCCGAGGUGGUGCCACCGCCUCCUGCUAUGGCACCUCCACCGCCUCCAGCCUCUGCCUUGUCCUCCCCCAGCACACCAGCUCCUCCAGACUUCAUCCCACCAGCCCCACCAGGUGCUUUGGCAUCCAGCUGGGCCCCAGCACCCUUCACCAAUGGCAUCUCCAAGUGGAAGUCCGAGACGGUGCUGAACACGAGGCAGGUGGACGGCGAGAGGCCACUCUGCCCUGCCCAGGCUGGGGUGCCAGCUUCCCCCAGCCCAAAGGAGACUCCACAGCCCAAGAACUGUCCUGAGCCUCACCUCACCUUCCCCAGGUCCUUCAAGGUGCCUCCUCCAGCUCCAGCCCGCUCCUCCUCCAUCCCAACCCAAGAGAACCAGACCCCAGGGCAGGAGCCCCUCCCCAGGCAGCCCCAUGCCCGGCCCCCUCUCCCACCAUGCUUCACCAUCAGGCCUGCAGCCAAGGCUUAUGCAGGAGGAGAAGCUGAGCAAAGAAAGUCUCCCCUGAGACAGCCCUUCACCAAGCCAGCUGUGCCCACUCACCCCCCACUGAGCCCCAAGCCAGGCCCUGGCCUCAGCCAAGGGAUGAAUUGUGCUGCUCACAGGUCCCCACUGGCAGGCUCCCAGAUGGAGAAGGUUCCCCAGACAAAACCAGCCGAGAAAGACUCUGCUCCAAAAUCUGAACCUCUCUCUGCAAACGACCUGGACCUCCCCCCUCCAGACUACCCUACCUGUGAGGAGGACGAUGACUGGAAGGACCCCAGCAACCUGAGCAAGCUGCAGAACGAGCUCUCAGCUCUGCUCCGCUCUCCACGCAGGGAUGAGAGGCUGCUGGAGAAGCCAGCUGCCCCCCGGCCCCUGGAUGGCAGUGCCAGCCGUGCCAGCAGCCACGAACUCAGGCCCCAAGUUGCUGGACCUACCGGGAAGGACAUGAGGUUACCUGCAGGAGGGGAGAGUGAGAAGAAAGAUGUGCCCAAUAUCCUCCCAAGUGCCAAGGAGCUUUCUCCCAGCACAGCUCUCUCUGCUCCAGAGAGCAACCUCACCACACAGCCCCGCAGCGUGCUGGAGAUCAGGAACGAGCUGGAGGCUGUGCUGGCACAGAAGAAAGAAGGGAAACCUCCUCUAGGGCUCAGCAGCCAGAAGCAGGGCACUGAAGAUGGCAGCAGCACCCCACACAUGAGGAAGAGCCCCCUUGACAUGGGGAAGAGCUCUCCUGACGUAGUGAAGAGCUCCCCUGAUGUGGUGAAGAGUUCCCUUGACCUGGGGAAGAGCUCUCCUGAUGUAGGGAAGAGCCCUCCUGACCUGGGGAAGAGCUCUCCUGAUAUAGGGAAGAGCUCCCCUGUUGUAGUGAAGAGUCCCUCUGACCUGGAGAAGAGCUCUCCUGAUGUAGGGAAGAGUCCCUCUGAUGUAGGGAAGAGCCCUCCUGACCUGGGGAAGAGCUCUUCUGAUGUAGGGAAGAGCCCCCCUGAUGUAGGGAAGAGCUCUUCUGAUGUAGGGAAGAGCCCCCCUGACCUGGGGAAGAGCCCCCCUGAUGUAGGGAAGAGCCCCCCUGACCCGGGUGACUCAGCGCUGUCAAAACCAGCCCCAAGCCCAAAACCAGCCCCAAGCCUCCUCCCAGCCCCAGCAGCUGCGCUGGAGAAGAAUGCGAUGUGGCACAAAGACCACCCUGCCCCUGCCACUAAGAAGGCCACAGAGAACUUGAAUGGGUGCCUCGACAGCAGCCUGAGCCCCCCAGACCCCUCUCAGGGAGCGGCCGCGGAGCCCCCUGCUCCCACCUGCCCCUCGCCCCCCAGCUCUCCCGCCCCGAGCCCAGCCCCGCCGCCCUCCGCCCCCAUCUUCCAGUACAAGGUGCACCGAGCUGGGGCCAGCUCAGCCCAAGCGACCCACGCCCCGAGUGCGGCCGAGCUGCCCUGCCCCACCGGCUCGGGCGGGAGCCCGCCGGGCACCGCGGGCAGGGGGCAGGAGGAGGAGGAGGCGCUGGUCCACCCGGUGACGGGCGAGCGGGUGGAGCGGGGCUCCCCCAUGGCGCUGCUGCUGGCCGCCCGGCAGCGUGCCCAGCGGGGCCGGCCAGGGGGCGAGGCGGCAGCCACGCCGCGGGCGAAGCCAGCUCUGGCGUUCGGCAGUGCCUCCUCGGACACCACCUCCACCACCUUCCUCCGCCACGAGUCCAGGCCCUACUCCUUCACCGUGGUGCCUCGGCCGUCUGCGGCGGGGGCAGGGUGCAACAAGCCUCCAUCCUUCUCCAGCGCCUCGGAACAGGGUCGGGACUUGAGGGCAGCGCCCGAGGCGCAGCCCCCAACCUUCCCUGGGCACCAGCAGCGGGCUGCUGCCUCCAGCCUGCUGCGGGGGCUGCCGGAGCCCGGGGAGCCGAGCCAGCCCCGGGAGGAGGAGAACGGGGAGACGGCGCUGGACUACGGCAUCAUUCCCCCGCCCCCCGAGUUCAGCAACGAGGCGGAGGCGGCUGAGGGGACCGUCCUCGGUCGGGAGGAAAGCCGCAAGUGCCCCAGCUUCCCCGACGGCAGCCGCAGCUCCGAUCCCCCCCGCUAUUUCAGGUGGCCUGGCUACGGCCGCAGCUACGGAGCCGGCCGUGAGCCGCCGGCCCCGCUGCCCUCGGAGACCCGGAGGAACGGCGACUUCACCCCCCAGUACCCGGAGCUCGGCGGCUCCGCCGGGUACCUCAGCAGCGGCCCCAACCCUCGCCCGCUGAUCAAGAAGCGCUUGUACGUCUCUGAGCCCGACAGCUUCUACCCACGGGCAGCGGCAGCCCCGCGGGGCACCGGCACCCUCUCCUCCUACGCUCCCGGCGGGUACAGCUCCCCGGCUGGGGACGGGGUCCGCCGCCUCGGCUCUGCCCACAGGAAUGGCCCAGCGAGUGCCCAGGGCAGGCGGACAUCCUUGGAUGCUGCCGGCAAAGCGGCGCCGUACAGCAGCGCCGGGGCCGAUGCCAAGUACAAGGGGCAGAACGGGGAUUUCUCGCCCACCAGCGCGGUGCCAGCCAGCAGGCCUGCUCACAGCAGCUCACCAUACGCUGGACCUACCAACACCUUCACAGUCAGGCCUGGGGCACGCCAGCCCAUCUCCUAUGUCUACCAGAGUGGCCACCGAUAGGCUUGUCCUCAGGCCAGCUCCACCUCCUGCUUCUGGCUGGGAAGGGCUGGGGAGACACCUGGGCUGAUUGUCUCCUUCUCUGGACAUCAGGGACGGUGCCAGCCCAGCCAGCAAAUGCACUGCUUGAAUCUACUGACGGAGAAGGUGGGGACUGAACCUGGGGCUGAGACUCUUCUCAAAAGACUGUUCUGGAGAGUAGUUACUGCAGAGGACAGGCUGCUGCCUUUGUUACAUGAGCAAAGAAUGCUUUGCCUUCCAUUUCCCUCCCGGUAGUAUAGCCACAGUUGCAGCCUGAGAAGUCUUUCAAGCCAAAGAGCAUUCUGAGCUCUUUCUGAAGAGCAUCACCACUGGAGAGGUUGUUUUCAGCUUGGGUUUUCAAUUGGUUUAGAUCCAGCUUGCUUAGGAGUAAAGAGCCAGAGCACAGCUCAGUGCAGGGGAAUGUGAGGCUAGAAACAAAGCUUGGGAUGUUGAGCUCCUAACCUCUUCUGUCCCUACAUACUCCAGCAGCCUGGAGCAAACCAAUAAUGCCACUGCCUUAAGAACAGCUCCUGGCUUUCCAAGCUGAGCUGGGGCAGCUCUGCUCCCGAGGUCAGAGCCCCCUUCUCUGGAGGCAGCAGCUUGGGGAGCACAGACCUCCUCUUUCCUGUGCCUUUUGGUCACUGUAGAUGUUUCUGUUGGUACUUACUGCUCAUGGCAGAAGGCUGAGGCCUGGGUGAUGGCUAUGAAGCACUUUGGAGCCUUAAGAGACUGAGCAAUCCUUUUUGUUCAUCAGCUGGUGAGCACCAGCAGCUCACCAGGGUGCUGUGCCUGUGGUGCUUUCCUCCAGGGGUCUUGUGCCACUUCCUACCCAUGUAAGCCCCACCUCUGGAAGCUAAGCCAUGGAGUCCUGGUGAACUGUUACACUGAGGCUUGGCUCUACUCUGUCUGGUCUGGGGGACCAGGAAGCUGAUUUUUGGCAUGGCUGCAGAGCACUUGGUCCUCCUGGUGUGUGGAAUGUCUGUGCUGGCACCCAAGGGAGCUGGCUCCCACUGGUCCCAUAACUGCUUCUCUGGGUGCUGUGCAAGCCUCCCCCUGCUUCCUGCAGUGCCUCCGGAGGGGCUGCUGCUGGCUGUGUGUUGGGGUGGGAGGUAGGAGUAGCCUUGCAGGAGGCAUUCAGUACUCCAGAGCCAAGCAAGAGAGUCUCACGGUGGCUGCCCAAAGGUUUGAGUGGCCAAGCCUCCUGAAAUUAGAAAUCUGCUCUCUCCUUCCUAGGUUACCUUGCUGAAAACUGCUGUAAGCUAAGUGUAAAAAACCUGGUGAGAAGGUUUUCUGCUGGCUGACAAACUAAAAGCACUUUGAGACGUGAGUCUACUUUGAUGGCAAGCACUUUCUGUCCCCAGCCCUUUACAGGAGCCUUGCUUCCACUCCAGUUAUCUCUCUGUGUGCGUGGCAGCAGAUUUGGCUCUACAAAACCCAGCUCAAGAGCUGGUGAUAAAUUUUCCUUCACAAUGGAAUUCCCAAAGGAGCUGCCUGGAUAUUGUUAUUGUCUUGUCCUUGAUGUUCUGUGUUGCUUCUAAACCUCACCUCACUUAACAGCUGCUUCAAACGCUGCAGCAGCUUCAAAGUAUCCUGAACUUGACUUUGCUGGGAAUAAAAUCACCCCAAAAGAACACACAAAUACCAUCAGCUGGGGCAUUUCUUAUGCCAAGUUGGAAGAUUUCCAGAUGUGCUCCCCCCCCCUCCCCUCCCCCAGCCAAUAUUGAAAGAACACAAAUUAAACCUCUGGGUGUUAGGGUUUAGAGUGUUUGUGGUGAGAAGUGACUCUGGAGUAGCUGCCUGGGUGCUUUGGUGUGCCGGUGCCUCCUGGAGCAGAGGUUUUCUCUGUGCAAGCAGCAUGUUGAGGCUGAAGGUGAAGCUGUGAUGCUCUUUGAGUGACUGCAGGGUCAUGGUUUUUUUGUGUUGGAUGAAAUCUAACUUGAAAGAGAAGCCCUCUCUGAUACGAUUCCAACCUAAUUGCUGGGUUGGCUUUGGGGUUUGGUUUAUUUCCAAGGGAUAACUGCAGAUUGCCUCUCAAAAGCAACUCCAAAUGGAGAGCUUUGUUGGGAGACUUCAGCAGGGUGAUUUUUUUUCCCCCCACCCCCCUCUCAAGAAUUUGAGUGUGUGUGUGUGUGCCCCCCACGAGGUUUGCUUGCUUUGUUUUAGAGCAAACCACCAAACUCCAGCCCUGGCACCUGCCUUGAACUUCACAUUGACUGUUUCCCCCAGCCUGCUGUGGAGCUGCAGUGUGGUGUUCCAGUGUGGAACCUCCUGUUCCUAGCAUAUUUGUUUAUUUUAGGUGCUAGAAGCACGAUCAUGUUAAGUCAGGUUUCUGAAACAGCCACUGCCCAUGCAGUGCAGAGCAGAGCAGGCUCCAGCUGUAAGUAAACCAGGCAGGGCUCUGCCCACAGUUGCAGAACAGGUUGGCAUGGAUGUUUCACAGGCAGUGGAGCUACUUUCUUCUUUCAAACACUUUGGACUGACUCUCUCAGCUUCUUUUGAAUGCAUUAAGCUAAAUUCUAGUUGUUUCACUCACAGCUAGACAUUAGUACUGGGGGCACUGGGAGCUGUGUGACAAAGAAACCACUGUCAGAGCUGCUGGCAGCCAGAGCACUUGUGGAGAAAGCUAAAUCCAUGAUGAAGAGCCAGGAGCAGAGAUGGGCAAGAGCUCCUUGUUCCUUGAUCAGGGAAGCACCUCCAUAAACUCUGCUCCAAUUCCUGUUUCUGCUCCUCCACAGCUCUAAAUUUAGCAACAGAAAAGGAAGAAGCUAAGGGGUAGAAUGCAGCAAACCAACCUGUCUUACAGCCCAGCCUUAGCACUGGAAGCAACCUUGAAGCCUGACAGUGGAAUUCUUUUCACUUCAGCCCUCUCUGAUGCAGCAGUUUGGUCACUCAAGUCUUGAUACAACCUAAAUUAUCCCCUGCAGCUGCCUCUUCCUCAGGGUGCCUGCUAAUGUAGAAUGUAAGCCAGAGCUUUACUUGUAAAGUGUUGAACAAAGUCUGUUAUUUAUGAGUGCCACUGAACACCAACCUUCUUGCAUUAAAUAUGACUGAACCUAU